GGGAGAGGCGAAUUUACCAUCCAAUGAUAUCGGACCAGAAAUGAUGCUGCUCGCACUUUCGGUAAAGAUAGAAAGAAGGAAAGGACGUGCACUCACUGAAAAGCUAGGUCAAGGUUUUGAGAAAGAGCAUAUGCUUUUUAAAUAGACCCGCAGAACCCACGGGACUGCGCGCAAAUGCAAGGAUCAGCAUACCUGUACAGUUUUUCUGCAUGCUGUUUUUUUAAAGGAUCAACUAUAUAAGCUGCAGCGGAUAUAAUGAUGCAGGAAGCCCCACUGCCGCUGCUGUACAUGCUGAAAACAACAAUGCAAAGGCAGUGACAGUCAAUCUCGAGCUCUACUGUGGUUUAACCAGUCCUGUCACUUCCUCUUUGACGUGUGCAUGUUGUGGACUGUCAGCCGUACGCGCUAUUUUAAAAGCACAGGACUUUAUUUUUUGAUUGCGUGGAGGAAACCGUCGGCCUGCUUUGCUGUUUUAUUUAGUCGGCUGAACCGGUAGCCAGCGGCUCGCUUACAGACAGCGAGGAAAUAGAGUUGCAGUGACCGGCAGACAGCUCGACCUGCGGCGGGGAUGUGUGUGAGCUAAAGCCGCCGGAUAUCGAUGGCCGCGUCGCUCUGAUCAGAGCCGCUUUGAGCUAAAACUCCGCGCCGAAGGUCUGAGAAAUGAGCUGGACUCCUUCUCUCUGAUGCACUCGAGCUAAGGGCUGUCCUGGUGGAUUUGCCCCUGACCCAGCGGAGCGUUUCCAGCCCCAGCCCCGCUCCACGGCCAACAUGCUGAUCAAAGAGUACCGCAUCCCCAUGCCCAUGAGCGUGGAGGAGUACCGCAUCGCUCAACUCUACAUGAUUCAGAAAAAGAGUCGUGAAGAGAGCGAAGGCGAGGGCAGCGGGGUGGAGAUCCUGGAGAACCGACCCUACACGGACGGCCCAGGCGGCUCUGGUCAAUACACCCACAAGGUUUACCACAUCGGCCAACACAUCCCUAGCUGGUUUCGCUCCAUCUUGCCAAAAGCCGCUCUUCGUGUGGAAGAGGAAUCCUGGAACGCCUACCCAUACACCCGCACACGCUACACGUGUCCUUUCGUCGAAAAGUUUUCCAUCGAUAUCGAGACGUACUACAAGCCGGACACGGGUUGCCAGAAUGACGUCUUCAACAUGUCCUCGGCCGAAAAGAGGCAACGGGAUAUAGAUCCCAUCGAUAUUGUGAAUGAUUUCAUCGCCCCUCAUGAAUACCUGGCUGAGGAAGACCCGAAACUCUACAAGUCAUAUAAAACCCAGCGGGGCCCCCUGUGUGACGACUGGAUCGCGGAAAUCAACAACAACCCAGGCAAAAUGCCUGUCAUGUGCGCUUACAAGUUGUGUAAAGUGGAGUUUCGAUACUGGGGCAUGCAGUCCAAGAUUGAGCGCUUCAUUCACGAUGUGGGGCUGAGGAAGGUGAUGGUGCGCGCUCAUCGGCAGGCCUGGUGUUGGCAGGACGAGUGGUACGGUCUGACCAUGGAGAACAUCCGGCAGCUGGAGCUGGAGACGCAGCUGGCUCUGGCACAGAAGAUGGCACAGUAUAGCUGCAACGAGGAGGGUGGCGAGAACAACGGCGCCGUCACCAGCCCCGAGAAAGAGCACGAAGCCAAGGAGGCCAUCGAAGCUGAGGGGACGACGAGGAACAUGGGGGACACGCUGCAGGCGCGAGGAGAGCUGACCAAGCAGUGGUCCACCUCUUCUAGGUCCUCACAUUCCUCUAAGAGAGGGGGAAGUCCGUCACGCCACAGCAUUUCUGAAUGGCGCAUGCAGAGCAUCGCCAGAGAUUCGGAGGACAGCACAGACGACGAGUUCUUUGACGCUCACGAGGGCUUCUCUGACAACGAGGAGAUCUUUGCCAAGGAGAUCACCAAAUGGAGCUCCAACGAUCUGAUGGAUAAAAUCGAGACAGCGGAGGCAGAGGAAGCCCAGGGAGACUAUCAGGAAUCGGGUGGGGAGUUUUCUGGGACUGCCAGCGUGGAGCGACUCAAUGAGAGACGCAGAUCCAUGCGGCGCUGCAGCGUCCGUAAGCGUCGACGUACAGCACGCAAACGCCCAGCUGACUGUUCCUCACAGCAGUGCUUACAGCCGUCCAAGAUCCACGUCCUCAUCCUGGUCCUGCACGGCGGCAACAUCCUGGAUACGGGCAGCGGAGACCAGAACAGCAAGCAGGGGGACGUCAACACCAUCAGCAGCGCGUUCGAUGCUGUGAUGCGGGUUCAUUACCCCACUGCUUUGGGCCGCAUUGCCAUCCGCCUGGUUCCGUGUCCGGCCUUGUGUGUGGAGGCCUUCUCUCUGGUGUCAAAUUUGAGUCCUUACAGCUAUGACGAAGGCUGCCUCUCCAACAGUCAGGAUCACAUCCCUCUGGCCGCCCUGCCCCUAUUGGCCACCUCUGCACCACAGUACCAGGAUGCCGUGGCAACGGUCAUAGUGCGAGCCAAUCAGAUCUACGGUGACUUCAUCAAAUCCCUGGAGGGAGCCACUUUCACCGGACAGGUGUGUCUGAUUGGUGACUGUGUGGGAGGCAUUCUGGGAUUUGAUGCUCUCUGCAGCAGCAACGUCACCGUGUCAGAGAGUCAAAACAGCAGCCGACGUGGCAGCAUUGUUAGUGUGCAGGACAAUGACCUGCUGUCACCGGGGAUCAUUAUAAACAGCACUCACUGCUCGGGUUUGACUCUGGAGGGCAGUCGGCACCUCAGCCGCAGUAAUAUAGACAUUCCUUGUUCCAGCGGUCCGGACGACCCCAAAAAACAGCUGCCCCGCAAACGCAGCGACUCCUCCACCUACGAGCUGGACACCAUCAAACAGCACCAGGCCUUCCUGACCAGUCUGCACGCCAGCGUUUUGAGGAACGAUCCGGGUUCUCGCCGGUCCAGCAGCAGUACCAUGCUAGAGGGAGGAGGAGCUCUGGGAAAGUUUGACUUCGAAGCAUCUGACUUCUUCCUCUUCGGCUCUCCGCUAGGCCUGGUCCUCGCUCUGAGGAAAACCGUCGUCCCUUCUUUGGACAUGGCUCAUCUUCGUCCAGCGUGCCAGCAGGUUUACAACCUGUUCCACCCGGCGGAUCCCUCUGCCUCACGUCUGGAGCCUCUGCUGGAGAAGCGCUUCCACCUGAUGCCACCGUUUAGCGUGCCGCGCUACCAGCGCUUCCCGCUGGGUGAUGGCCAGUCAGCGCUGCUGGCGGACGCGAUGCAGUCUCACAGCAUUAUGUUUGCGGAUCACUCCAAUCCUUCGUCUCCGGCAUCUGUUCCAGCCUUCCGCGGGGCGCGCAGGGCCAGUGAAACCAGCAUCGCCAGCCAGGUGUCGGGGUUAGCGGACAGUUACACCGCCUCCAACAUCGCCAACAUAGCGCAAGCAUGCCAACUUAGUCUCUCCAAAAAGCUCAGUCUUUUGUCCCAAUUGGCGCUUCCCUAUAAUAAACGCGGCUCCCGAAGCCAUUCCCCCAAAUCCAGCAAAGCGCCAAAUAAGCAGCAGGUAGAAAGGCAGGAUUCCAGCUGUUGGGAUGAUUCAGAGCAGAGCGUCUCUCUAGGCUUUGAGCCCUCACCCUCGCUCGCCUCAGACCCGCUAUCUCCAUGUGUCCCGCUGGACAUCGAGCAAGUCGCUGCUCGCUGGUGGGGCAUGAAGCGCAUUGAUUUCGCUCUGUAUUGUCCUGAUGCUCUGACUGCGUUCCCCACCGUGGCUCUACCUCACCUGUUUCACGCCUCCUACUGGGAAUCAACGGACGUUGUGUCUUUCCUGCUCCGACAGGUAAUGAGGCAUGAGAACUCCAGUAUUUUAGAACUAGAUGGGAAGGAGGUGUCAGAAUUCACUCCGUCCAAACCGCGGGAGAAGUGGAUGAGGAAGAGGACCCACGUGAAGAUCAGGAACGUUACAGCAAACCACCGCGUGAACGAUGCCGUGUUUACAGAGGACGGGGAUCAGGUGGUCAUGGGUCGCUUCAUGUACGGGCCGCUGGACAUGGUCACACUGACAGGAGAGAAGGUGGACAUCCACAUCAUGACCCAGCCUCCGUCCGGCGAGUGGGUGUAUUUCAGCACAGAAUUGACCAAUAGCAGCGGCCGGGUUUCCUACACCAUUCCCGAGAGCAAGCGGCUGAGCAUCGGCGUGUAUCCGGUCAAAAUGGUGGUCAGGGGCGACCACACAUCUGCUGACAGUUACCUGACGGUGCUGCCGCGCGGCACUGAGUUCGUCGUGUUCAGCAUCGACGGCUCUUUUGCUGCCAGCGUGUCCAUCAUGGGCAGCGACCCUAAAGUGCGAGCAGGAGCGGUUGAUGUGGUCAGGCACUGGCAGGAUCUGGGUUACCUGAUAGUGUACGUGACGGGACGUCCAGACAUGCAGAAGCAGCGUGUGGUGGCCUGGCUUUCACAGCACAACUUCCCUCACGGGAUCGUGUCCUUCUGCGAUGGGCUCGUACACGACCCCCUCCGACACAAAGCCAACUUCCUCAAGUGUCUCAUCACAGAGGCACAUAUGAAGAUCUUCGCUGCUUAUGGCUCCACUAAGGACAUCUCUGUGUACACGUCACUGGGUCUGUCGCCAUCUCAGAUCUACAUCGUAGGGAGACCAACGAAGAAAAUGCAACACCAGUGUCAGUUCAUUGCCGACGGCUACGCGUCUCACCUGUCCCAGCUGGAGUACAAUCAGAGAUCGAGACCCGCUAAGACCGGCAGCACUCGCAUGGUCCUGCGGAAAGGCAGUUUCGGGCUUGGCGGCAGUAGCGAUUUCCUGCGGAAGCGCAAUCACCUGUUGCGCACCAUUUCCUCGCAACCCACAUCCUCCACGCCGCCCGUGCAGAUAGGACGUCCUGAACGUGCGCAGAGCCAAUCGGAAUGUGACCGCGAGCGGGCAGAACGUGCCCAGAGGAGCAUGAGCAUCGCUGCCGGCUGCUGGGGCCGAACCAGCAAACUAGAGGGCGGAGCCCUGAGCCCAAAAUAGGCUCCACCCACCAGGUCCAAAUUAUGGAAUUGUUUUCGUUCAUGUUUCAGUUUUUUUAGUCCGGCAGCCAAAUAUUUUCCAGAAAUCUAGCGCCUUACGCAUGGCUCUGGGUCGUGGCCCUCGCCUCUGACUUGAUUGAAUGUACUGUUGGGACUGAAAAACGGAUCGUUGGGUGGGUAUGGACUUUUCCCGCUUUUCCUAUAAUUCCCCUUCCGGUGUCCGCAGAGAUUCCCACACAUGUAAAUACGUGCCUCCUCUUACCUGCUCAGGGCAGCCUUGAACUCGAAGAGCUGAUAAGACCCAGAGACCAUUUCACAUCCCUCUUCUCAUUGGUUUCUGUUGGGCCGGCCCAUAUCGGCAGCCUCUCCGAGUCGAAUCCCAGCAGCAUUUGGCAAUAAGGAUCAAAUCAUGUCACACCAAACUCCGUCUGCAGGUCAUCAGAGGCCUUAACUUCUUAUUCAGAGCACGAACGAACUCUCAAAGGAACAGCUAUCCCUUUACAAGGCCAUCUGCUUGCAAUACCUCCGGGAUGCCACCUCGACAUGGGCUGCUGGGUCACGUUUCUUUCCUCCUUGCUGUUUUGUUCAUUUCUGAGCCACCAAACACGAUCGUAAGCACACGCCACAACUGCUGAAGUAAAACUUUUCCGCUGCUGCUGUUGCUGUCGACGUGGAGAGAAUUUCCCAUCGAGGACGCGCCGUGCAGCUCGCUGUAUUUGCAUGACGACAACGGACAAUUUUUCCAAGAUUUCGCUCAAUCAUUUUCUCUCAAAAUCCUUUGCACUCAAUUCCCGGGUGAUCGGGGAGCGAUUCGCUCGAUCCCGCCGACGGCCAAAACGAUUCAUUUCGAAAGCUGUAGUUCUGCAACUGCAUAACCUCAUUGUUUUUUUGCACUAGUGGAAUAGUGGAGGUCCUUGUUACCAUCUCAUGUCGCUACAUAAUGUUUGUGUGUAGUACAUGAUCCUUAUUAUUUAUGGCAGGGUAUUUUGUGCGCAUAUGCACGAUUAUAUAUUUCUCUGAUAUAUAGGAAACAGCGAAAAAAAAACACAAGAAAUGUGCCAAAACCAGGCAGAUCAUUGGAACCCGAACACGUCUGACGUUUCCAGAGCAUUGUAGCAACGUUCCCCAAGCGUUUCGAUGGCACAUGUAUAAUGUUUUUAAGAUUUUAGAUCAUUUUAGAUCAACUUCAGUCCUUUAAAGUUCAAUUCUCUAUGAUAUUGUCCAUAUGUUCAUAUGUAAGUGAUUGAGGUAUAUAGAAAUUGUGCUUUUAAUUUUCGCGAUUUUAGAUCGGACAGCAUGACAGAGUCAUGAAACCGUACGCGGUUUGUUUCUGUAUCAUGAACACACUGGAAUAGCCAUGCUGCAUGUGCGGACUUGUUCUUCGAAUCGAACCGGGAGGCUUCGAACGUGGCCUUCGUCCGGAGCGGAUGUUCUGAAUGGAACUUCAAACAGUGUAGAUACUGUAAAGAUGUAAAUUUCACUAAAUAGGAUAUGUUACGGUCAGAAUUUAUUUAUUUCUGUAGCUCCAUAAGAUGAUGGAUAUUUCAGGUUUCCAUGUGUUGCUUUAUUCUUUUGUCCAACAGUUCUGAAAUGCUUCUUUUAACGGACCAAUGAUGUGUCUCCUUGUGCAUAAUCGUUGAUAGUGUUUCCGUAGCAAAACUCUAGACGAUGCCACCACCGCCACCGCACGGACAAUCAGUUCAGCAAACAAACAAGGCAAGGAGCACACGCACCUACACGUGUACAAAAACGCUCUUAUUCUGCAGACCUUCUGGAGACCUCAUACUCUGGAAACCAGUUUAUCGCAUUGAAAUUUCCACGUAAUGUGAAUCGGAAUUGUGAAUGUGGUUCUGUGAUAAAUUUGCUCCAAACAACUGAAUUUAAAUUGGUGCUGUACAACUCUGAAAUGGCAUUUGGACUGGUAUUACUAGUCUUCACAGGUGAAGUUUUAAUGUGUCUAGUUUGGUACUAGACAUCAGGUUUCUCCAUUGAAUAUGUUGAAAGGUUUAUGAACUUGCACCACUGAUAUCUAGAUCACCUUGGUUGUUGGUUUAUGAUUUGAAUGUUAACCACUGAACAAAUUCUUAGUCUGGAAAUUGCAAAUUUCCGUUGCGUUAUUUCACACACACACACACUCUUGCCAUCUGAACUGACCUGUUUUCAAGCUACUUUCCACCAAUGUUGGGCAAGUUGAUGCGCUCCAUUGAGUUUUAUUUCCAAAUUGCAGAUACAUCGCAGGGAAUCAUACAAAAUUGUGAUCGACGUUCGGGCCACAGUUUUUACACGGCAAAUAUACGUUUAAACAUCCGCGGCCUCGCUUGUAGGCCGGUGUAUGAGUAUUAUAUCCUCAGAUAAACCAGAUUAUAGCCACUUUUGUACUUAGCAUGUCACAGAAGAGCUUUCGUACACUUUCCUGUACUCUUCAAUAAUGGGCCACACUACAAACCUCCAAUUUAUAGUGAUUACAAAUAUGCUGUUGUCUAUAUAGAUCAUCAUAUCAAUUGUUACUACCAAAUAUUUAAAUGAUUUUAGCGUUAAUCCCAAAUCCCCAAAUUUUUUUUUUUAAACUAACAUCGGAGUAUUUGCAUAUAUUAAAAGACGUUGAAUGCAUAUAAAUACUGGUCAAAUGUUGUCAUCUACAGUAUUUUUGACAUGAAAAUGCUGUCAUGAUUAGUGUGCAGGUGUUCCACAACACAAGCUCAUUGGAUGAAAUAAAUAUGGCGAAACAUCUCUGCCCCAUCUUGUUUGUUGCCAAAACUUGCUUUGCAAAUAAUUUCAAAUGAAUCACUUUCCCAGCAAAUUUUCGAUGAUGAAUGGAGACGUACUGCAGGUUCAUUUUACACUCCUGUUGACGUACUGAUCUGGGCUGCGUUUCCCAAAAGCAUCGUAAACCUAAGCUGAUCAUAGCUCCAUUGCAUGGUUCUAUGAUCAAUUUAGGCUUACGAUGCUUUUGGGAAACGCAGCCCUGGACUGACUCGCUCCUUUACAGUUUUCUUACCAGGUCGGUGGUUCAGUGCUCUCAUAUGUAUAACUGUAUGUACUGUGGAUUAAAAACAGUUGGACAACUGU